AUGAGUCCAUCAGCCAUCAGUAGCGUCGCUAGCGCACUCACUUCCUCUACAACGUCAGCGACGGCACAAACACCAGCACUCUUCUCGCUCGCAGGAAAGACAGUCGCUAUCACAGGAGGCGGACGUGGACUCGGAAUAACUCUUGCUUUCGCUGUGGUAGAAGCUGGUGGACAUGCGGCUUGUCUGGACAUCCUCCCAGAGCCAAGCAACACAGAGUGGCAGGCAUUGACGAAGCUUGCCAACCAACUCGGUACCUCAGCGACAUACCGCAGAUGCGACGUCACUAGCGAAGCGGAGGUUACCCAAGUUCUAGAGGAGAUAUCAAAAGAGGGAGACGAGCGAGGUGCACCACUCAACGGUAUGGUCGCAUGCGCGGGUAUCCAACAAAGGGUACCAGCGCUCGAUUAUGAAGCCUCGGACUUUGAGCGUAUGCUUCGCGUGAAUGUGGUAGGCGCGUUCAUAUCGGUUAAGAGGGCAGCGAGGAUAUUGAAAGAAAAGGGUACUGGUGGCUCAAUUGUGCUCAUCGCUAGCAUGUCGGGUCAGGUUGCGAACAGGGGUCUCACCUGCACAGCCUACAAUGCCAGCAAAUCAGCUGUGCAUCAAAUGUGUCGCUCGCUAGCGCAGGAAUGGGGUCAAUACGGCAUUCGGGUGAACACGCUUUCGCCAGGUUACAUUCGUACUGCGAUGACCGACGAACUCCUCGCAGCGGAUCCAGAUGUAGAGAAGACAUGGAUGGCCGGCGCUUUACUUGGAAAACUUGGCGUACCAGAUGACUUCAAAGCCCCAGCGGUGUUCUUAUUAGCGGAAGGCAGUCGGUUCAUGACCGGCGCCGACCUGAGAGUGGAUGGCGGUCAUUGCGCGUCGGCGUAA